AUGGCCCGGAUCCUGCAGUCCCUCUCGGUGCCGAUGAAGGCGCUGGAACAGCAGGUGAACCAAGGCCAGCAGGGCCCCUUGAGCAUGGUGCUGCUCAGCCAGGUGAAGAUGGCCCUGGAGCCAGCCCCAGCCCCGCACCCCAUCCUGCACCUGCAGCCCCAGCAGCUCCUGCAGUUCCAGCAGUGGCACCUGCUGCAGCAGCCCUACUCUCCACCCCCGCUGCACCCAUUCCAGCCACCACAGGCCCACCUGCACCAGUUCCCCCAGCAGCCCCAGCCGCCCCUGCAGCAGCAGCUUGCCCACUUGCAGCAGCAGCAGAUGCAGUCGACGCCGACGGUACAGCCACCCGGCCAGACGGCCCAGGCCCUGAAGACCCCGCCGCAGGCGCAGGCUCAGCCCCCGCUGUUUGGACAUGACCCAGCAGUGGAGAUCCCAGAAGAAGGCUUCUUCCUGGGAUGUGUGUUUGCAAUCGUGGAUUAUCCAGACCAGAUGUCUGACAAGCAGCUGCUGGCCCCCUGGAAAAGGAUCAUCCAGACACAUGGAGGAGCCGUGGACCCCACGUUCUCGAGCCGCUGCACCCACCUGCUCUGCGAGAGUCAGGUCAGCGGGCUGUUCACACAGGCGAUAAAGGAGAGGAAGAGGUGCAUCACGGCACACUGGCUGAACACGGUCCUGAAGAAGAAGAAGCUGGUGCCGCCCCAUCGGGCCCUGCACUUUCCACUGGCCUUCCCGCUGGGGGACAAGCCGUGCUCCCAGCAUAUUAUCUCCGUGACUGGGUUCGUCAACAGCGACAGGGACGACCUGAAGCGAAUGGUGUACCUGGCAGGUGCCAAGUACACGGGCUACCUGUGCCGCAGCAACACCAUCCUCAUCUGCAGAGAACCAACUGGUUUAAAGUACGAGAAAGCCAAAGAGUGGCAGAUCCCGUGCGUGAAUGUCAAGUGGCUGGGGGACAUCCUGCUGGGGAACUUCGAGGCCCUGCAGCAGACACAGUAUGGCUGCUAUACCACCUUUGGCCUGCAGGACCCCUUCGCCCCGACCCCACACCUGGUGGUGAACCUUCUGGAUGCUUGGAGAGUUCCGUUGAAAGUGUCAGCAGAGUUGUUGAUGGGUGUAAGACUACCUCCCAAAGCGAAGCAGAAUGAAGUAACUAAUAUCCAGCCUUCUUCCAGAAGAGCCAGAAUGGAAGAUAUUCCACCUCCCUCCAAGAAGUUACCACCGGAACUGACCCGUUUUGUGCUUUUCACUGGAUUUGAGUCUGUUCAAGUUCAAGAGUACAUAAAGAAGCUCCACAUCCUGGGUGGGGAGGUCGCCGAGUCUGCACAGAAGUGCACCCACCUCAUCGCCAGCAAGGUGACGCGGACCGUCAAGUUCCUGAUGGCCGUUUCCGUGGUGAAGCACAUCGUCACCCCAGAGUGGCUGGAGGAGUGCUUCAAGUGCCGCAAGUUCAUCGGUGAGGGCCCUGCUGGUGCCAGAAUGCUCCUGGAGCUCGUGGAGCUGGUGCUGUGCUGGGAAAAUGAGGAAGAGGCUGAUGAGGGCCCCACUCUGCCCUUCACACACCCCUUAACAUCGGGUCUUUGCUUCUACGAUGGCUGGGGUGUCUUCCAUGCCACCCCAGUUGUGUGGCCGUGCCACACUCCAGCCCUUCAGGCUGUUCACACAGCCAGCCACAGUCCUCCCCCUGGGCCUGUCCUGCUCGAACCAGCAGGCAUGUGUCUCAGGCGGUAG